AGCAGAUGGGAUUUAAAUGCUACACCAUGGGAUAGGUAUUUUACAAAGACUGGUUGUGAGCAGUCCUCACAGGAUCAAGCUGGUGGUCACCCAACGUGCCUGCAGUUCACAGCAAAUAUGACAGAGGCUGUCAAAACCUAUCAGUGGCAAUGCAUCGAAUGCAAAUCCUGUAGCCUCUGUGGAACUUCUGAGAAUGACGACCAGUUGCUCUUCUGUGAUGACUGUGACCGUGGUUACCAUAUGUAUUGCUUAAACCCACCAGUCUCUGAACCUCCAGAAGGAAGCUGGAGUUGUCACUUGUGUCAAGAACUACUCCAAGAGAGAGCAUCAGCUUUCUGCUAUCAGCCCUAGAUGAGAAUAAAGGAUUGGGCUUAUUCUUGAAUCUGUAGCACCAGCACACCAUGAUCAUCCAUCACAUAGGCUAUGUGUAACCAUAGACACGCUCUUGCCCUCAUGAAAGGAUGAACACUCAAAAAAGCAUCCAUAGCACUUGCUUCUCCAGGGUUACACUUCACCAAGAAUUGACCUCCUGGGUUCUACUAGAAGGAGCACAUCUUUGAGGCAAGGGGGAGGAUUCUAUGUUCCAAAUGGAUCAUUUUCCCCUGCAGUGCAUGAUUGCAGGUCUGUUGUAAUAGAUUCAUCUGUGUUAUGAUUAUAGCAUAAAGGAGAGCUGUUGUAACUGUUGGUGUUUAGGCAUUUAAAUUGUGUGGAUUGUGAUUCUGGUUUGAUUUGUCUUCUCUUUCCUUCAGAUAAAUCAGUAUUCGCCAUUCCUCAAACAGUCAUGUCCCCCUAAUUCCUAAUUAACAUGGGCAACAGCUGAAAACAAUGUGAGUUAGAUUCCCAACAUAUCCGGAGAACAUUUAGAUUAGUAUUAGAGUGCUUGGUGAUUGUUUGUGAUCUAGGGCUGUAGUGGGAUAUUAAACUUUACUUAUCAGAAAAGGUUCUAAUAGGAAAUUGCUGUUUACAAGUAAAUAUGUCACAUAAUAGUAUCUGGCUGUUUACAGUUCUAUAAUAAAAUCAAAAUAACCCUUCAUAAGGAAGCGUAUCCACAAUAUCUACCUUGAAACUUCUCCAAUGUCCUAAUAAUACAGAGAUAAAAUGGUGAUAUGACUUUGUUAUGUUAAUGCAGUGGUGACAUUCAAUUUUUUUAGUACUGGUUCUGUGGGUGUGGUGUGGCUUGGCGGGCAUGGCAGAGGAAGGUUACUG